AUGGCUUCACUCGAUCAGGUUCAAGCCGUGGAGUACAUCAUUCAACGUAACUUCACCAACAAAAACUACCUACGUCAAGCCCUCACUGCUGCGGGGGUGGAAAAUGAAAACCACGAGGGGAAUAGACAGCUAGCGCAAGUUGGCGCCUCCUGGGUGGACACGGUGCUCAACAUAGUUUUCAUGCGCAUGGGUACAAGCAAAGAGCAUAAGGCAAAGUUGAGACUGGAGUUCACCAAGAAGGACCACUUUGUUCUUGCCGCUAAACGGAGCGGCAUCAGCAAAUACAUCCAGUACUCUUGUCGAUCGGGGUUCGAAUCGGCGACGGUGCUUCGCAAUACAAUGAAUGCAAUUGUUGCAGCUGUCCUCCUAGAUACAGAUACUAAUGCUUGUAUUUCAGCGACGCUGUUUGUUCUGUCCCGCUGGGUCGAAUCAUUACCGAUUGAUCAGUCAUCACAGGUCAUGGUCGGGUUAGAACAGCCUCAAAUGCUUACGCCCCCUGUUCAUGGCAGCUUGUAUGCCCCGGCGCUUCCAAUAUUUGGCUGCGAUGAUCUUUUGGCGACGAUUCAAAACAGUGGGGAUAGCGCUGGGAACAUACCCCCCAUAUACGACCCAGGGAUAUCGAUGAACAUCUCUACUCUGGGUGUCACAAAUGACCCAAAUAUGUUAACUACUUUUGACGUCUUCCAGAUAAACCCUACCCUUGGUGGUAACAUUGUUGCAGAGUUGCCAAGUCUUAGCAUCGACCCCCCGAGUGACCUUCAGUACGCGACAUUUCCAAUGCCUUCUGCCAUCUCAUAUGAAGCGCCGAGCUCACGUACCACUGAGUCCAAGAGACCUGGUGAUACCGGGAGAAACGACCAGAAGGGGAGAAAGCGGGUCAAACAAUUCCUAACCAACGAGAAAACAAAAUGUGAAUCGCAACGCUUGCCGCCUCCAGAGGCCACAUACUUUAGGCCGGAAAUUCACAAACAGUUGAUGAAACCAGAGAAAGGAUUGGGUGAGGCCUUUGUAGGUCUGUUGAUUACUAUCGCAAGUCCCCAUACAAUAAUUGCGCUUGGUCGGAUGGUACAACAAGCAAGACACCAUGGCAGUCUUCAAUCGUGUCGUCUACGAGACACCCUUCCGCAACACAGACUUGCUUUAAUUGAGCACUUGGAACAAGAGGCUGGCAUCAUUCAGAUUAUGAGUUGGUACCAUAUUCUUGAAAUGUUCCGAGAUUGUGGCGGUCAUAAUACCUCUUCUAGCACUGGCUAUGUUCAUUGCACAUCCGAUACGUUCAAGAAAUCUCAGAGGACUCUGGGAAACCCGAGAAACAGAGACGAGUAUAAAGUUACCCAAACCAUGCUGGCGGAGAUCUUUCCAGAUAUGAAACCGGGUACAGAGAUCUAUCAAAUUCAACUAAAAAAAUUCAGCCGGCUCCGCAAAGUCGGCAAGCGUCUUCAUAUGUUAACGAAGGCCUUCGGCCAGGGAAUUCUCGGACUGAUUUUAGACAAUGAACUUGGUGGUCGGCCUGGCACUAACGUUUCAGAUAUAAUGUUUUGGAAGCCCACGGAGGAAGAGUUUCAUCUCUUUAUUGGUCUUCUCAACAAGUCGCAGGGCGAGCUGCUCCGUAGAUUCAGCAAUGCUGCUUGGACUAUUCUAGAGCCUCUUCUCUGCUGCAGGUUGCCAAAAAUGGGAAUAUUUCCCAUCGAGCAACUGAGCCCAGAAGAGAUUUCAAGGCAUCCCAAAGGCUCUCCGGGGCUGUUGGCUUGUAUCCAGCCGAGUGGUGAACCCUGGUCCUCCAACAACUAA